GUUGGGCCGGACACGACAACGACAACAACAACACAACGGCCAACGACGACGACGACGAUGCUGAGGAGGAGUGAGGGCUCGGCUUCGCCCAGCGCUCACGCACUGGCUGCCGCUCCCAUGGCCACCACCACUCCGCCCCCAAAACUACCUUCACCACUACCGCAGCCUUCCGUGUCUCCUGCCGCCCACCUCCACGUCUCCUCCAGAACCCACACUCCUUCGCAAGCCUCGCAAGCCUCGCAAGCCUCCGCUCCUGAUACCAUUACAUCUGCUGUCCAUGACCUCUCCGUAGAGCCUCCGUCCCGGCUCUACACCCCUCCCAGGUCGUCUUCGCCCCUCUCCAAACAGUCGCAUUCAACCAUGGGAAACCGGCCGGGCCAUACUCACGAUCAGAAUGACCACCUACAAGCUUCUCCCCACCGGCCUCAGUUGCCCAUAACAAUGUCCGCCCCGGCUGGUCGUCUUCCUCGCCUUCUCCCUGCAGACCUCUCCUCGUACUCCGAUGCGUACCUGCCCACCGCAGCUAUACCCACCUCUGCGACUUCGCUUGCAGAGCUUGCUCACUUGAUACGUCUCCAGGGUUACCAGGAGCAACGCAAAGCCCAUUCCCGAGUCCGUUUACACAGAUGGCUGGUUUCGAGUGCCCUCUCCGCUCGCCUGGUGCAUUGCGGGGAGCUCGCCUACCGUACAUUAGUCGAUAAUUUCAGGUCUGAUGACAAGAAGAGCUUUGCUACUUUGUACAAUGCAAUCAACGAUGUGCGCAAUUCAUGCGAUGCUACGCGCCGCUACGCUCUGCUGGAACCCGACCUCGAACUGGGCAAACCCUCUAAAAACGUCAAGUUUGACAAGUUUUCUCCUUCUUUUUCUACCUUUCUCAAUGAUGUUCCGUCCAAGAUUUUGGACGAUUUGCUAGGUUUUAUUUCCGAAAUCAGGACCAACCCUGAUUUCCUCGCUGCCCGUAUCAAUAGUCUUUCUCAGCAAGAACUCGCUUCGCUUACUUCGUUUCGUCAAGCCUUGGAUCCUAUAGACUCUGUCAUGGCCAUACAAGCCCGCGGCAAGGCAGUUGGUACACAGAAGCCGGCUUCUCACGGCCCCAGCCCCGUGGAACGCCUUCUUUCUUUCCAAAGACAUGAUCCUUUCGCCGCGUUGAUCUAUACCAUCUUUGCUAAUUCUUCUGGUCCGGACUCUGCUGAAGACUUGCGCCGUACCGAUGCCUGGGCCACCACUUGUGCUAGACUAAUCAUGGAAUCAAAGCAAGGAACAGAAAAGUUCGUCAAAUCCGUUCUGGACGUCUGGGCUGGUAUGCGAGAGUGGCCCGGGAAAACCAACCUCGAGCUCUAUCUCAUGCAGAUGCUUCAAGACGGCCAAUUUCUGCUGGAAAAAGCCGAGGAACAGUCCGCCCGCGGGACCGCGCCAGCCGUUCCGAGCACCAAGGACACUAUCGCAGCCGACGAGUUCUUUGACCGGGCAGUGAAGCGCCUUUUUGAAGUUGUUGAUGACGAGCCUAGUGCCGGUGGCAUUCCCGAAGGUGUGCUGGAGAUUGGCAAUGCUAUUUUGCGCAAAUUGGACGAGACCAAGAACCUCCGCAAAGGAGCACAAAACUUUUUCGUUUCUCGUUGGUUGUUUUCUACGUUUUUGCUAAACGCAAUCAUUCAUCCCGAGGCACGUGACUUUCCCAGCCUUCAACUGUUCAUUUACUAAUACCU